CAUGCUGCGCACUGCGCAGUAUUUAAUUAGCCUACGAUUAGGUCCUUGAGAUUCUUUUCGUGAUACUUGCAUUGAGUCGACUUGUCAUUUGUUGUUCAAGUCAACUUGAAAAGGAAUUUUAUGAUGUUUAGAAGACAAGAUAGAGAAGUGGAGAGUGGUCCUGGAUUUGUGGGAAUAAAAUUUUGUCAAGAAUGCAACAACAUGCUUUAUCCAAAAGAAGACAAAGAAAUGAAAAUAUUACUUUAUGCAUGUCGGAAUUGUGAUUACCAAGAGAGAGCUGAUAAUAGUUGUAUUUAUGUGAAUAAAAUUAUGCAUGAAGUGAAUGAACUGACGCAGAUUGUUGCAGAUGUUAUUGCUGAUCCAACUUUACCUAGAACACAUGAACAUCAAUGUCCAAGAUGUGGCUAUGGUGAAGCAGUCUUCUUUCAAUCACAAUCAAGCAAAGCUGAUCAAAUGAAGCUGUAUUAUGUUUGUACUCAAGUGGACUGUGGCUAUCGUUGGACAGAAUAGACUCCACUUUUUAAGUCUUAUAAGAAUGAAAGCAACUUGAUGUGAAUAUACACACUCUAUAAAUAUUUACCAUUCAGACUGAAAAGUUUGUAAACUGUGCACCCAAGAUUUGAAAUUUGUGCACAUAACAGUCAAGUUUUCUUAAAAUUGCACACCUGAGAUGUUAGGUGUGCAGUACAAACUUUCCAGUCUAGUGUACCAUUUGUUGGUUCCAACUUGUUGAUAUUCCAAAUAAACUUUCACUAACUCUGCCUCAUUUAUGGAUUUAAGGGGAAUGGCAACCAAUUUUUACAAUCAUUACCAACAAAUAUUUAAGAUAGUUAUUAGAGAAUGAAUUUCAUAUGACAUCAUAAUUCUCUGUAAAACUCUCCUUAAAUCACUUUAGCAAGCUAUUAUGGAAAUAUGCAUGACGUCACAACAGGGCAUUAAUUGUUUUAGGAACCUAGAAAUAGGUUCCUAAAACCUUUCCUAGAUUAGGUUCCUAGAUUAAAUGUGAAAUUUGUUUUUUAUAAGUUUAAAUAUAUAUCAAGUAUAAAGUG